AAAAAAAAAGUAUGCUGUAGUGGAGAUGGACAUUUCUUAGUUUGUAUUGCAAAACUGAUUGACUGAGUGGACACUGUUAGGGAGUCCGUUUGUGAGAUAAAAAUAAUCUAAGUACAAUACGGAUCAAUACUGAUAUGGAUAUGAGAGCAACCUACUAGAGACCUGGAGGCCAUUUUAAAAUGCACCCUCAUGAGACUGACCUAAGCGGUAAAUGGAUCCAUUGAAAUAUUCUUGCCUUGUUCAUCCUCAACCAAUGAACCCUGUUUAAAGAAUGUACUGGGCCAAAAUAAUGGAUUUUGACAUAAAACAGUGUGACAAUUAGACAAUAAACAAAGUGAUGUAAAUGAGACUGGUAGAGAAAAUAAACUUUGAAGGUUCUUCAAUGCUCGAAAGGACAAAUUGCACUCUUAAAAACCUAAUUGGUUAACUAGUUUAACUGCAAGAUCAAGGUGCUAACACCAAGGGUUUGAGAACACGAACACUGAUAAAACAUCAUUGUAAGAUGCUUUUACAAUAAAUGGAAUAAAUAAACUUAGACAUAUAUACAUACAUACAUACAUACAUACAUACAUGAAUACCGGUACAUACUGUACAUACACACAUGUAUACCCACAUAAAUCAGUGUAAUGGCUUUGUCUCAAAUGUAAAUUGUAUCUGGAGACUACACAGUGGAGUCUUAAACACUGUACAUUCUAAAUGUGGACUAGGUCUACAGUACAUUAGCGAAACUGAAACUUCUGUUAACUGUAGGGCAAUGUAUGCAUACUGACCCGGUUUACACUCAUAAUUCAUCAUUACCCAUCCUGCCAUCCCCAUGCUGAAUUGACGGUGGCAACUGGUCUUCUGUGGUCGCGAGGUGGCAAUAGCGCGCUAAACUUUCGGGAAGGUAGUCUUUGAAAUCGUGAGAAGAAGUAGACAACAAGACGCGCCAAACAAGAUGUUGGUUACUGUAAAACAGUCUCAGCUACCAUUUAUUCCAUAACCUAAUGGAAAGUAUAUUGAACAAAGGCCAGCAAAAAUCGCAAAUGAUGAUAUAACAGAGUGUACUAUUGAAAUACAUUCAUGUUUCAACAUGUCUAUUUCUGUAAGGCGAAAAAGAAAGUCAAGAGAUUUGAGAUGUAUCCUGUUCCCAGAGGAUGUAAAAGACACGCUCAGAAUUACCUCUAGUGAAACAAAAAUGCCGGUCUCUUCGUCACUGAAGUCGUGGCAGCGAUGUGGAGACGGUUUCCUUGACACCCCAAUCCAGAAGAAAACCAAAACAGUGGGCCAAAAACAUGCAACUGCGAGACAAAGUCUGCUUCAAACACCUGCAGAGUACAGAGAGGAGCCUGUCCACAUUGCUUGGAGCUCUAGUGAAAGUGAACCAUCUGACUGUGAGGACAAAAGUCCUCCACCCAGAACAGUGGUGACUCCAAAACAAUGCCAGUCUCAGCCCCAACACAAACCCAGACUCAACGUCAGCAGCUAUCUGCAGUUAUUAAACAGUGAAGCAGACGAGCUCCCUGCUAUUGAGUCUGGCAGUGAUUUGAGUGAUGAGGAGGACGAGGUACGGGGCCACCAGGAGAAAGAGCCUGACAACAGUGGAGCAAUUUCAGAUUGCAACUCGCCUGAGAAGGACAAAAGCGAAGAAAAACAACCCAGAGAGACACAAAUAGUGCCUGAUGUGGACAUCUCUGACUACCCCUCGGAUGGAGAGGGUAGUACCGCAGGUGAAAUGGCCUCCUCGAAUGUUGCAGAACCCGACCCUGUAGAUUCAACCGGCCGCCGUUUACUGAGUGACUGGGUCCGGUCCGCUCAGGCAUUGUUGCAGACACCUCAGAAGCAAGCCAACUGCCAAUUCAAGACCCCAGACGACUCCAAUAAAAAGAGAAGGAAAUUUGAAAGUGGAGGCCUGGCGGAGAGGCUGAACCAACUCCAGAGCAGACAGAGGUCAGCCGUCAGCUUCUGGAGGCACCAGUCCACCGCUGACUCCACCGCCACCACCACCACCACCGCUGCAGCUGCAGGGAAGCUGGGUGUGCUAGCACUCCGGGUGCUGCAUGUGCAGGAGGACUGUGGCCUGAGUGUGGUUCUGUGCCAGCGACUCCAGGAAGCACAGAACCCAACCGAGGAGCAACAGAACCCAGCGCAGGAGCAACAGAACCCAGCGCAGGAGCAACAGGAUGAGCAGGAGGACCCAGCGCAGGAGCAACAGAACCCAGCGCAGGAGCAACAGGAUGAGCAGGAGGACCCAGCGCAGGAGCAACAGGAUGCCGUCGAGGAGCAGGAGGUCCCGGCGGAGAGAGACCACUGCCUGGUGCUGUUCAGCCGGGAGACGGUGACCCACCUCGCUCCGAGCCCCGGUGACCUUGUCCACGUGCAUCCGCCCUGGCAAACCUUGGUCAUCGAAGGCGAGAGCCGCUCGGUCAUCCUCAGUACCCAUUUCAGCCAGAAGGUCCUGAGUGCGGGGAGACGGAACCACGCGGAUCCCAGCCCCAAGCACCGUCCCCACGCCCUCAGAUGCAGCCCCUACCCCCUGAACCACUCCUGGGGCCUGUGGCUAGAUCAGAGGCGCGCCUCCCCAGCUCAAAGAGACCGUGGCGGCAGCAGACAGACGGGCGUGUGUGAGCGGGUGUGGCCCGAGCCCAGAGGUGUGUGCGACUCCCUGCUGGAGGCCCUGGAGAGCCCGGGGCCGGCGGGGGCCCUGGAGCAGCGCCUGCAGGUGGCGCUGCAGCGCGUCUACUGCCUCCCCAUCCCACAAUCCUCUGCUCUCAGACUCCACGGCCUCCGCAGGUCCCCUCACACACCCUCCCCUCACACACCCUCCCCUCACACACCCUCUCCUCACACACCCUCUCCUCACGCGCCCUCCCCUCGCAAUAGCAGCAACAGCCCUGGCAGACUGUGUGUGCUGGUGCAGGACGCCUGGGGCAUGUUCAGCGAGGUGCAGCUCCAGGCCCUGGUCUCAGAGGAGCAGCUCCAGCACCACGUCCUGCAGUGGGAGGGAAGGAGCUGCCUGCUGCAGGGGGUCAAGGUGCUGCGGCGGGUCACCAGGGACAGGUGCGCUCCUCUCUUCAGCCUGAUAGACAGCCUGUGGCCUCCGACUCUGCCCCUCCGAGUGCAUGGAGACGCUGUCAGCUGUGAGGAGAGCAGAACUACAGCACCGGCGGCUCCCAGCUUCUGUUACCGGCUCUCAGGCAGCGAGGCGUCGGUGGUGGUGAGUCAGGAGCUGCCCAUGUCCCCCCUUUACCUGCCUGCGGUGAUGCAGAGCCUUAAGGACAUACUGCAGGGUGGAAAAGAAGGAGUGCGCUGUAGCUUCACAGCAAAUGUUGUGUUCAGCCGCUUGCAGCCCUCUGGUUCAGGUGCUGGUGAUGCGGAGAGCUGGCUGCUCUUUGUGACGGAUGCCAGCCUGCAGGGCGAGGAAGAGGAGGAGCCUAGGCCAGGCUGCUGCCGCCGGACGCUACCUGUGUGCCUUAGCCCGUCCCACGUGCUCCAGCGCUCCGUCAGACAGGCUCUCGCCUCCCAAUCCUCCUCAUCCUCCUCAUCCUCCUCAUCCUCCUGCCACCUCACCCUCAAAGAUGUGUUAUUACAGCGGGGUUGUAUUGUUUGCUCGGAGCAGUCCACAGUCAGACUGGCUCCGGCGUCGACGGGAGCCUCCCUGCACCCUGACCCCCUCGCACAGCCUGUUCUUCUGGACCAGCUGGGCCCGGACACCCCGCCCCACACCCUGUGCAGGCUCACUGGUGUGGUGGUCGGUGUGGACGAGGAGACGGCUUACUCCUGGCCGGUGUGUAGCCGGUGUGAGAGUGAGCGUCUGGAGAGAGCUCCGGCAACGCAGGAAGGGUUUUUUUGUACUGUUUGUGACACGGAAGUGGUCAGACCCACCAUCAAGAUGCAACUCGAAGUGUUUCUAAGCUGUCCGUCACUGAUCGACUGCACCAUCAGAAUAAAGCUGCAACAGAAGACUAUUGAUUCAGUUCUGAGCUCAUUGGUCAGCGAUCCAGCGUUCUGCGAGGUGGAGAGCGUUCUGGGAAAAGAGGUGGGCCCUGUCAGUGCCUAUGUACGAGUGAUCACCAGGACCUCGGGCCUGUGGGUGGGCCUGGAGGAGAUCAGCCUCUGACGCGGUGCAGCAGCAGCGCAGUGCAGGCAGCAGCACGGGCAGCCGUCGGACCACAGGCCCCCCCCCUGCCCUGCCCUGCCCUGGGGCGCCCUGAUCCUGAGGAGUGUGUGGGCUCACAGUGAGCUUAGCGUUGUGCUGGUUUGUAUUGUGUGUGUUUAUAGAGGUAAGAUGCCAACGGUAGGAAUGCGCAAGAUUAGCGUGUCAGAGAGGGUUAGUAGAACACUGCAAACAUGCCUGAAAUGAUUUGCUUGGCCCCGAGUAACAUACGCAUAAUCUAUGGGCAUGUCGAAAAAAAAAUUGUCUUGGAAAUGAAGAUGUCAAGCACUGUUGUGUACGUCAUUUGUCAUGGGGCACUCGUCCAAAAGCACAUGGCCCUGUGACACAGUUUGGAAUGACAAGGUGCUGCAAAGUCACACUCUAAAGCCAUGAGCCGGACACAUUUAGCCACCAUGUGACGGGUUCCUCUUCCGUCAACACAAUGACGGCGCAUCUGCGUUCGUGAUGGUCCCUCUGGAUGGCACCACAGUGAUGAGAGAACCUUUGACAUUUUGGAUCUACCUCUACCUCGUGUUUACAUGUUUACGUUUACAUCUGUCCCCAGUGUGUAUAUUAUUUG